UCAUCACCAUGCGACGCGUGUUAAUCCAUAAUUCACAAGCAAUGGCCGUCCAAUGCAUGUGCACUUAUGACCAAGGACAGGGGCUCCGUAAUCCAUGACGAUUCUGAUCGACGAAGUGACACCAUUUGGUCAGAAGGUUAAAAAGUAGCUGAAGAAACGCAAUGGGAACCAAGGUAUCCAAGCAACAGGGGCCGAAAGCCUCCAAGAAGGUUGCCGUGGUGACGGCAUUCAACGUGGUGAAGAAUCAAGCAGCGACUAGGCGCAUCGCUGCGUUGAAGCUAACUAAAGCCAUGCCCAAAGAACUCCGGAAGGUUGAUCUUGGCCUACCCCCAUCUAAGGACAUCAGAACAGUAGCUGACUUUGCCUGCAUGACAGGCACUGCCUCCAGUGGCUUCCCCAUCCCGGCUUUCACCAAGACCGACUUCAAUGUGAAUGGCAAGCAUGGUGGAGGCACUGCUCUGAUGCUGCUGACUGACGUAACCAAUACCACCUUCACCUCUGAGCUGUGUUUGAUCCGUUGUGGCUUCGAUGGUAAUCAUUACCAGUACACAUCCAUCAGCAAAGCUGGAGAGCACUCCUUGUACAAGUAUUUCCGAACGCACACCGACGCUGAUGGCUUCAUGUCCCCAUGUCUACGAUUCGGCUUCUCGAGGGCUACGAUUGUGUCCAACAUUGCUCUGAUGGGUCACUGUGGGGUGAUGGCAGUCUACACAGGACCCAAGACGAAAGGUUUCAGCAACACUGCCACCUUGAAAACCGAUAUAUCGGUUAACCCUGGCAAGUACGGUUGUGCUUUGCUGGUCCUGUGCAGCGCUUCGGGGAAGAAAGGCUCACACCCCUGCAACGCAUACUUUUUAGCCUUCAGCCACAACUCUGGCGAGCUUGUUGCACACGCUAUCACAGAUAAGAACUGUGAUAAUUUGUGGAGCUUCGGCUGUGAGCAAGGGAUGCUGGAGAUUACUGGCCCGUCCCAGAGUCAUUAUGGGAUCUGGCUCUCUGAUGGCGACACUAACACGGGAACAUCAGGGAAGGUCAUUCACACUCAGACGUUCAGUGGUUCUGAGAAGACGGUUCUGGUAGAGAGUCUCCCAGGAUUUCAGGACUACAGUCUGUUGGUCUUGUGCUCAUGUAGUCGAGGGGUGGACGAUAAGACCUCAUCCGCCCUUUACUUAGUAACAGUCCAGAAAUGGGGAGUAAGGUGUUCUUUCAUUGCUGGAAGCUCUAGCUCGUCGGAAGGAGGUAACGAUUGGUUUAUCUCGGAGGAUAACAACCAGCUGGUUGUCGUUGGGCCUGGUGCUCCGUGCCGCUACAGCUUCAUCUCUAACCUUCCUGAGGAUGUCGCCAACCCGCAGCAGCGGUGUUUCCAGACCUCCUGCUUAGCCACAGGCCUGGACAGCAACUACCGGGGAGCUGUGUACGUCAACGGUGCAAGCAUCACCGGAUGGGUGUCCAAAAUGUCACAGGUGAAGAUCAUGCUGAACGGCAGGAUGAUCGAGCUGGUGGAGGCCGGGCAGCUGUUGGAACAGCCUGAUGGCCGACUGGGGUUCCAGAGGGAGUUGAGCGAUGAUGAGAACAGCACUGGUUUGAAACUCCUUCAGGUGUAUGGCCUGACUAGUGAUAUCAAUAAUCAGCCUGCGAGUAUUGAGUUGGAGGGCUCCCCCUAUCGUAUCGUGAACCAGCCCAAAGGCGUCCUGUAUGCUGUCAAUCUUGGAGGGCCCAUGUACGAAGCGCUGAACAAAGUGGUCUUCUCUGGAACGGAGAUAACAUUCAAGGUGGACAACAGGGCAGAUGGAGUGAAAUGUCAGCGGAAGUUUUUUAGCUCCAUAAAUGCCGACAGAAACUUAUACAACAUGAUAACCAACACAAACGACGGAUUCCUCUUCAGCACCCACAAUUCAACCCACCCUGAAUUUGCCAAUGACAUGUCGUAUGACAUACCUGCCAACAAAGGAAAAUUGACCAUGAAACUGUAUAGCAUCAGCGGUCGUCUGAAUGGGCAUAUCAUCAACAUCAAUAAUGAAUCUCAUUCUUCAGAGGUAACAAAGCAGUUGAAUGAGAUUCCUGAGGUAGUACCCAACUGCACAGCCAAGAUUGUGUCUAUUCCCUUCACCAGCAAAGGAAAUAAUGUCCAUCUCUACUUUGAGAAUAAUAUGAGCAAAGGCGGAUGUCAUCCAGCAGCCAUCAUGGUUCAUGACAACACCUACAAGGAGGCGGUGCCUAGUAGGGAGGAGGAGGCAGAGGAGAUGAACAUAAAGCAGAAGUUGGCAGAUACCUUGGUGCCGCUGGAUCGUACUUUCAACCUGAAGCCCAUGAAGAUUGCUGGUUGGUCCUCCAACUUACUGAUCAAUCCGUCGGGGGAGACUGGCGACCUGAGUAACUGGAAUUACGCAGGCAACUGGAAGCUCUCUGAGGGUGGGGACCAGACUGAGACAAUGUUUAUAUCGUCAUUCACAUGGUGCACCAAGUACCAGGAGGUGGAACUCAUACAGCACUUUUCAGAGAAGCAUCUGGACUCUAGCCCUGAAAUCCAGGUGUCUGAGUCUUUCCACGAAGGCGCAAACAAGGGCGGUUUCUACUCGCUGACUGCUACGUUGAUGGGUCAGGACGGCACAGUGAUUGAAAGUCAGACUACCGGUCAGAAAGGCAGCAUCAAGACCCUCGGUUGGAUACCAGUCUGCUUCACGUUCAAGAACUACGGACCGGGGGUGCGCAGCGUUGGGAUAGAGGCUGCAGCCAAGGAUGACAAAUACUGGGCGGGACACUUUGGGGCCUACUGCUCGGCUGCCUGCAUCCGAGUCAAGAGUGAAGUAGGAGCGGCAUCGGGAGACAGUUACAGUGACAUCCAGCCCACUAGUGGAGCUAGCUUCACCAAGGAGCUAGACAAGAUGGUCCGUGGACUGUACGAGCGGCACGACGAAGAGCUGACGGACAUGCAAAAGUUGAUGGAGGAGAAUGAGGACCUACGAGGCAUUCAGAUGAAUGCAAGCGGCAGUCGGUCAUCGGCCAAGGCCAGCUCCCGUCCCAAGCCAGCCAAGCAGACCAAACGCAAGAAGCGUGAGAUUCGUAUCUUCGUCUCUAGCACCUUCAGAGAUUUCAAGGAGGAGAGGGAGGUGCUGAUCAAGAAGGCGUUCCGUGAGUUGAAUCGGAUCUGCCUGGACCGCGGCGUGUUCUUCACCUACGUUGAUCUGCGUUGGGGCAUUACUGAGAACCAGACGACGGACGGUGAAACUAUCUCCAUUUGUCUUAGAGAGAUUGAGAAGUGUCGGCCGUAUUUCAUCUGCCUGAUGGGCGACCGGUACGGCUGGAGCCAGACGCAGAAGAAACCGGACAAACUCCUGAACAAGAGCUUCAACUAUGCCAUCGAGAACUUCAAACCACUGGAGUGGAUUGACAAGUACCGCUAUGAGACAAGUGUUACCAAGUUGGAGAUCAUGCACGGUGCUCUGAACGACGCAGAAGCUAAUCAGGGACGUACGUUCUUUUACCUGCGCGAGCCACGCAUCAAGAGAGAGGACCUCCUGCCUCCAGAUGAUGAGGAGGAGGAGGAGAAGGAGAAGGAGAAGGAAGGAAAGAUUGAGGACGGAAAACAAGAAAACAAUCAAGAUGUAGAUAAGAAAGAUGAGAGCACAGAAGAAAACGACAAAGAGAAGGAGACCAAGAAGAAACAGGAGACACAGUGGCAUUUUGAUCUGCAGUCUCAGCUGAGAAAGUCGGUGGAAACAUCAGGUAUGCCGCUGCGUCGAUUCGCUACGGCCGAGGAUGGAUGCGAACUCAUCAAGAAGGACCUGGUGUGGUGUGUGAAUGAAGACUUCCCUCCUGGCUCGGAGCUCACCGCUUUGCAGCGAGAGCACGAGGCCCACCUUGCCUUUGCCGAUCCCCGCCGACGGAUCUACAUCGGCGGCAGGGAGUACAUCAAACAAAUCAACGCCUUCGUAGCCAAGGCUGGCAAGACUGACGGAGCUAACGUCCCCUUGGUGAUCCUUGGAGAGUCUGGGUCAGGGAAAUCGGCGCUGGUUGCAAACUGGACCCACCAGUUUGAGGAGGAGAAUCCUGGUGUCUUCCUCUUCAUGCAUUUCAUCGGGAGUUCCUCAGAGAGUGCUUCGCAUCUUAACCUUCUGCGUCGAUUGUACGAGGAGAUCAAGCAGUUCUUUGGCUUUGAGAUGACUGUACCUUCCUCCCAACGCAAUCUCGUCUUAGAGCUGUCUACCUGGCUUCAGAUGGCAGCCAAACAGACUAAAGUGGUACUGGUCCUGGACGCCUUGAACCAACUGGACUCGGGAUCAGGAGCAGGUGAGGAGCAAGAUCUGACGUGGAUCCCCAAAGAAUUGCCAAAGAAUGUUGUCAUGAUUGCAUCAACACUACCAGGAAGGGCAAUGGAUGCAGUGACAGCUGCUGGAUGGCCAACCUUUAAAGUCUAUCCCCUCAACGUUGAUGAGAAAUCGGAUAUCAUCACAGGGUACUUGACCCUGUAUGGCAAGUCACUGAACGAGGAGCAAGGAUCCCUGAUCAUCAACGCCAAGCAGACGGACAACCCUCUCUACCUGAAAGCCCUACUCGAUGAGGUGCGCAUGUACGGGAGUUUCUUCCAACUGACCACAGCUAUCAAGGAGUACUUGGCAGCAGGCAGCCCCGGGGAGCUCUUCGUCAAAAUCCUAGAUCGAUUUCAGGAUGACUUCGAGCAAGGCAUUGUGGAGAGACCUGGGCUUGUUCGGGAUGCAACUACCGCCCUCUGGUGUUCCCACCGUGGUCUAAGUGAGCAAGAAUUGCUGGAGAUUCUGCAGGUCCCCAGCAAAAUCUGGUCUCCUUUCUACCUAUCCCUGGAGGAGAAUCUAGUCAACCGCAACGGCAUCCUCAACUUCUUCCACGAUCAUCUGCGGCAGGCCGUGGAACGCAAGUACCUGUCCACCCCGGAGCUCAAACGGGAGGCAUUCCUGGCCCUGGCCAACUGGUUCAACACUCAGGAUAUCGACGACCGAUACGUGGAAGAGGUACCCUACCUCCUAGCCCAAGCCAAGGAGUUCAAACGUCUUCGGGCUACCAUCCUUAACGUGGCUGUCUUUGAGCGUCUGAUGAGCACGGAGGAAGGCACUUUCCAGCUCAUCAAGUCCUGGCAACUGCUCGGUGGUUAUGAGGAGGUGGAGCAUUCCUACCUCGGUGUCUUAGCUCGCUCCGAGGAAUGGGAGAAGUCUCGGCUGAAGGACGGACUGAUCCGAUCGAUGGCGGGAUUCUUCACACAGCUUGGGCUACUCAAGGGGGCUAGGCUCCUGAACGAGCGACUUCUGUCAGAGUUAGAGACCCGGUACAUGGGGAGCCACGCUACCAUUGUGUAUCAUCACACCAAGUACGAGUACAAGACCAGAUGCAAUCACCCUGAUGUCUUGGAUGUACUGAUAUCUCUGGGGACCGUCUCCAUCAAGUUAGGAGACCACGAUGGAGCGAGUAGACACUUCCAUGAAGCCUUGGAGAGGCAGAAUGUCAUCAAGACGCCAGAACAGAAACUGCAGUUGGUCAAGGCACUACUUGGCAUGGGGUCUGUGCUGAGUUUGCAAGGUAAAGCUGAUGAGGCCAUCCGUUUCCUUAGACGCGCUGAGGAAGUGGCUACCGAUGUACUAGGACCUAAACAUCACUAUGUGGCUGCCAUCAACGGCCAGAUUGGCCAGCUGUACUACAGCCAGAGCAAGCUAGACAACGCCAUGGUGCUCCAUCUCUGGGACCUCAAGCUGACCCAGAGUGACGUGGGGCUGAACCACCCCCGCGUGGCUGCUAUCCUGAAUAACUGCGGCCUAGUCCUGGAUGAUAUGAAUGACAAGAUGUCUGGAGAAGUCUUCCAAGCUGUGCUGGGGAUCCUCAUAGAGGCUUAUGGGCAGGAUCACGUGGAUGUGGCUACUGUCAGAUACAAUCUGGGUUUAUAUUUCCUGGCCUCCAACAUGUACCAACGUGCCAAGUACCAGUUCAAUGAAGCCCUGCGUGUGUCCGAGUUGUUUCUGGAGAGGGACCAUCCAACCAUCCAGGCCAUUAGAACCGUCAUGACCAAGCUGAAAGAUUUCAUGUAAUAAUGCUACGACAAUGUGUACUGAGGAUUACUAUUGUCAUAUCUCAGGGCUUUUUUUUCGGGGGAUAAGUCAUGGUCUAGUACUAAAGUAAAGAAGUGGUGCUGUGGUUGAGUCUAAUAUGAAAGUUCAUGUCUUCAACAAGGUUUACCUUUAUUACUUUUCUGUACUCAGGAAUUAAACGAAAAAGACAGUGACCACUUAGCUUAACCCUAAAAGGGCUGGGUUAUUUUGACCAUCUCUCUGGGGGGGGGG